AUGACUUUAUUUGUAUUAACAGAUCAACUUUCAAAUACCAUACGACAGUCUAAACUACCAGAUAAAAAAAAAGAUGAGUUAUUAUCGUCUGAUACCAUUUCACACACUAAAUUAAUCAAAUUUUAUGAAACUUUUCACCCAACACCAUCAUUAUUACAAUUAAUUAAACAAACAAAACUACAUAUACCUAAAUAUGAACAAUUCAACAAACCAAAGACUAAAGAAUUUAUAAAACAGAUGGAGAAAUUAAGAUUAGAAGCAAAAGAAAAAGAAUAUCAAAAAUUAAUACAACAACCUGAAAAAUUUGAAACAUUAUAUGAUAAUUCAAAUCAAGAAUAUAUAUCACCAUCAAAAGCUCAUAAAGAAUUGAAAAAUCAAUUAACUACAAUAGUUAAUAUAUUUAUAAGUGUUGCUAGUGUUGCUUAUGCAAUGUGGUAUUGGACAAAAUCUUCUUGGGGUUUAAAAGAUAGUUAUAGAGUAUUAUUAACUAUUUUUAUUGGUUUAUUGGUGUUAAUAGCUGAAGUUGUAGUUUAUAUGGGAUAUUUAAAUAAGGUUGAAGAAGCUAAAAUUAAAGAACUUCAAAAGAAAGAAGUUAAAAAAAUUAUAAAAACUUUUGAUUUUACAAGUUAA